GAGCCUGAGUCCGGCCAGCGGUGACGGGGACAGGGACGGGGCGGGCAGAGGCUGGGCUGCUGAGGUACGAGGGGAGGAGCCCGAGCCGCCGCUGCCGCCACUGCCACCUCCGCUGCCGUCGAGGGAGAGGAGCAUGUCUGCAACUCGAGCCAAGAAAGUGAAGAUGGCCACCAAAUCAUGCCCGGAGUGCGACCAACAGGUUCCUGUUGCGUGUAAAUCAUGUCCCUGUGGUUACAUAUUUAUUAGCAGAAAACUCUUAAAUGCAAAACACUCAGAGAAAUCACCACCUUCUACAGAAAACAAGCAUGAGGCCAAGAGGAGGCGAACAGAGAGAGUUAGGAGAGAGAAGAUAAAUUCUACAGUAAAUAAAGAUUUAGAAAACAGAAAGAGGUCUCGAAGUAACAGCCAUUCAGAUCAUAUCAGACGAGGAAGAGGAAGACCAAAAAGUGCAUCUGCCAAAAAACAUGAGGAAGAAAGAGGAAGCUAUUGCAAGUUACAUGCCACCAAAAUGAAGAAGUGAUCCUGGGCUCCAGUACAAAGAGGAUCCAACUUGAGAGAGAGAGAUGAGGAUUUCCAGUGAUGUUGAAGAAGGCAUGCAAGAUAAUUGUGCAGUAGGCCUAGCAAACAACAAUUACAGAUUGGAGCAGGUCAGAAGACUUAGAGGAAUUUCUUCAAGAAGAUGAAAUUUAUAGAAUACCUGAUAUGUGUAAACAGCCUGAAAGAAGACUUAUACAGUGGGGACAGAGUUUGAACUAGAAAUGAAAACCAAGCGAAUGGAAAAGAAAAUCACUUCCAGGAAAAAACUGUGUGCAGGAAAAGUGAGGUCACUUACAUAGUCAUCAUAAUGUAAACACUGAAAAAUUGAUGUUACUGAAAUUGUAAUUUGUAAUGACAAGAUGAGAGAAUGAGCAUAGUGUUUGUUUUGGGAGCAAGAGAUGCUAAACAAUAAAAUCCUAAUUUUACAUAAUGGGAAGUGAGUGAGUCAUGCCUAAGAUUAAGCAGUGGCAUUUUAUAAAAAUAUUACUUAGAGAUAGAUUUGUUCUUGUAAAAGCAAAAAGGAAAACUAAAAAAAAGUGGUUGUAUUUGGAGAGUGGAAAGUAGAGGGAGAACUGUUUUUUUGUAACCUAGUAAAAAUAAUUUGACUAUAAAUUAUAUACAUGUAUAGCUUUGAUUAAAAUGUCAAGACAAAAUAAAUAAAAAUAGAAUCAUAAUGAGCUUGAAAAAAGAAUUUGGAAGAAUACAUACUACAGUGUUAAUUGUGAUUUUAGUUGGCUCAAGAGGUAUAUUUUUUUUCCUUAUUUUUCAACUUUUUUACCCUGAAUUUGGGUUGUAUUUGUAAUCAGGAGGGGAAAAAAUACAAAUAAAUGUUGGUUUUAUUUGUUUCCUCUAGCAAAGUUCAGGUAAGGCUGUUAAAGACACCAUUGAAGGGACCAUGUUCUAGGGUGAGAAAAUUCAUUUUAUUUGAGACCUGGGAGCCUGAUACUAGUGAGGAGAAAUACUUGAGAUUCUUUCAGAAAUGAUGUAGCUAUUAGGCUGUAUUUGUAAGA